AUGUCGACAAAGCCAACAGAUACCAAGGUUUUAAUUAUCGGCGCUGGACUCGGAGGCCUUACCCUUGCUGCCAUCUGCCGUCGUGCCAAUAUCCCAUACAUCGUCCUUGAGCGAACAGAGAAACUCUCUCCAGCUGGCGCUGGAAUCUCCUUGGCUCCAAAUGCUCUUCGUGUGCUCGAUCAAUUAGGUGUGUACUCGAGAGUUAAGGAAAAUGGACAACGCCUCAAUACUAUGCUCGUACACUAUGAGAAAGACCAAUGGAGGAGCUUAGAUUUCACAGGGCUGGAGUCAAAGUUCGGGUAUCCAGUUUACUCUAUUGAGCGACACUCGUUCCAUGAGUAUUUGUACGAUGCCGCUGGAGGCCCUGAGAACGUUCGACUUGGAUCAAAAGUCGUGGAUGUUGUUGAUGAAUACGGCAGCCCUUCUGUUGUAGUCAAGGUUGCAGAUGGAGCAACUUAUACUGCCGAUGUGGUUGUUGGUGCGGAUGGCAUCCGCUCAGUAACCCGCCGCAUUCUAGCCCAGAAUGCAGGACUGAAAAGUAUCAACACUAUUCAGUUUACCGGCAGAGUGCACAUGAGUGGAUAUACCAAACCUAUUCCUGGCUUAGGAAAAGAACAUGAGGGAGUUGGAAACUGGAUAUUUUAUGAUGAUGCUAUUCUGACCACAUGGCCCUGUAAAGAUAACAGGCAAUGGUACAUUGGCGUAAAGCGAGUUCCACUUGGUGAGAAAGACCCAGAUCGGUCCGUCUGGGAAGGGACUACAAAAUCUAUGGUAAAUGAUGUUUACGGAAGGAAAUACCAUCCAUUCGGUGGUGAGAGCAAAACUUGCGCAGAAAUUAUUGAUAAUUCUGAGCGAGUUAUUGCAAGUAACGUCUUCGAAGAGCAAGAUUUUCCAAGCAUGACUAGCGGUCGUGUCGCUCUUCUCGGAGAUGCUGCUCAUUCCAUGACCUCUUUCUUCGGCCAAGGAGCUUGUCAAGCCAUUGAAGAUGCCACCGAACUUGGUAACGCACUUUUGGCUCACUACAGUUCUCCUACUCCUUCAGCUUCCACUUUGAGUACCGCAUUCGCAGAAUACUCUGAGAUUCGCGGUAAGCGAGGAAAGGAUCUAGUGAGCUUCUCCAGCAUAUAUGCUGGUAUCCAUGUUGCUCGCUUGCCAUAUGGACUGGGGCCUAUCGCAAGACAGAUCUUGUAUAAAUGGCUUCCAAUCUGGUGCUGGUUUUGGGCAUUGAAUUGGUUGUACGGAUACCAACCUAUGAUCAAGGAGUUCCCUGACUUCAAGGCUCCACUGGUCAAGAUCACCCCAACUGUGACUGAAGAAGUAAAGUCUACUGAGGAUGAGCCUAUUUCAGAUGAGGAGACUGUCGUAGGAGAGAAAAAUCCGUAG